GCAGCAGCAGCAGCAGUGUGUGGCGACACUGGGACACUAACAGAUAUUAUCUGGAUUUAUUAAAAACGAGCAGACCACGAACGAAGCAGCAUGAUGAACAGCGCAGAUUUUACAGGCAAGACGGCACAUGAAGGUUUUCAAAGGAACCAGAUGCCUUAAAAAAACAAGAUGAGACAGAUACAGAAAAGACCAGGAUGUUGGUCUGUGUAUCCCCCUCCCACCGCUCCUGCAGCCAACAUGUUUGGCAACGUGCCUGGCUAUGAAGGCACCGUGGCUGGAGGAGGAGGUUACCUGCCCCCUCCUAUGCCCUUGGAACCUGUGGCCCCACCGCAAGCUGGCCCUGAACAGGACAACUGGAGCAUCCCCGCUCUUUCAGAGGACGUGGCUUCUGAGGCGUUCAAGAGCUAUGCGUCAUCUCACUGCUGUUACAGUAGUGGUCCUGCCGAAGAUGGAGUCAUCACCAGCAUGGAGCCAUACAACACCUUUAGGUACCGACUGGAGACGUAUACUGAGUCCAGGUCAACUGAGUGGGCCCAUAAACCUCACGAAGGUGAGGCGGCUGACUUCUACACCGAGACUGCCCCCAGGCCCUGGGAGGUCCAGGCCCCAGUUCCCAGCUUGUUCACCAAUGAAACAAAGGAGAUCCGUGUGCCCUACACCUCCUCCAUCAAGGACUGCCACAGCUGCCAUGCCGCAGGGAAGAUGCCAUGUAAAGAGUGCCAGGGAAAUGGAUAUAAACAAUGCUGGGUGUGUAACGGCUCAGGGCAGAAGGAUGGUGGUAACUGCACUCGCUGUGAUGCUUCAGGCAAAGACAGGUGUACAGAAUGUAAUUCUCAAGGAUCGACAGACUGUGAAACCUGUAAAGGAAAACGGCAACUGCUGACCUACAUCCAGCUCAAAGUGGAGUGGACUAACAAUGUGGAGGACCACGUGGUGGAGCAGAAGUCGGGUCUGGUGAUAGAUAAUCUUCGCUCCGUGAGUGGGAAGGAACUGUUCAAGAACAACCACUACCUGCUCUACCCGCUGCUCGGGUUCCCAAACCCGGCCAUCUCUGAGGCCUCUGAGCGUCUGAUCAGAGAGCACCAAAGCAAGUACGCCCAGACCUCCAGGAUCCUGCAGCAGGUACGUCUGCAGGCAGGAGUAUAACUAACAAAUUGAAGA